CACGACUCACUAGAAAAGGUCGUGUUUUGUCAUGGAGUAGUUUUAUUCCGUCGCUUGAAAACCUACUUUUCUUUGUUUAUAUAAGCCAUUAGAAUGUCUGCCAAACAUCGGAUACUCAUAACCAUUACAAAAUGUUAAGUUAGAAUCAAGAAACAGACAUACAAGAUGACAAAUAGCAGUAACAAAGAAGAUGACAUAGAAGAGCAGGAAUCAGGAAGAACAAGCAGGGUUGUCCAUGUUAUCUCACCAUUCGAUCAGUUCCCUGAUGGAGAGAUUCCUCAGCAAACUGAGAAUCAAGAGAUGCUUCCUCCUGAAGAAACUACUGAUCAAAGUCCAAUGGACAUCAAACAGAAAAGACAGCAACGAGUCUUCAACAUGAUGAAAAACUUACAGCAGUUUCAUCUUGAAGAUAUCAUGCAGACAGAAAUGGUUGGCAGAGAAAACCUGGACAUGUCAGAGRCACAAAUCAUUUGCAGAAUCUGUCAUUCUGCCGGAGAUGAGCCCUUAGUCACCCCUUGUCAGUGUUCAGGGUCAGCAAAGUAUGUCCAUGCAGCAUGCCUGUUAACUUGGUUCAAGAAAGCAGUAAAAAAUACAUGUGAACUGUGCCGCUGUAAAGUGGCCAUUAAGAAGAAAGGSAAGCCUUUAGCAGAGUGGAGAAAGCCUGAAGACAAGCCUAUUCCAGUAAUAUGGUUCCUUGUGUUUUUGAUUGGACUGUUUCUCAACGUCUUCUCUAUAUCAGUGAAUGCUUCAGAACUGUGUACGACCACUGCAUGUGUUAUCUUUUAUGUAGUAAACGGUUUUGGUGUUGUGUUAGAUGCAGCGUUUCUAUACUUCUGGUGGACGAAGUGUUUAUUUUAUUGGAAAAAGUGGUGUGCUUUAAAUCAGGACUGGUCAAUAGCUUCAUGUCCMACCCCAGCUCCUCAAGAAAGACCUGUUGAGGAAAGAAGUUUACGAACWUUGCAGAUUUCUGACAUUGUAUAAAAUAUUGAUAGUUGUUAAUAGUUGUUCCUUUGGUAGUUGAGUUUUCACACAUAUAGAGCAAACGCACUUAAUCAUUGAAACCUAAAUUAUUAUACAAAAGUAAUUUUAUUAAUUCCUUUAGUUUCUUGUGUCUAUUCRACACUAUGUAGUAAGUAUUUAAAAUAAUAAUAUUUGGUUCACUGAUUUAGUGCCACAACCCUAAACACUUUUCUAGUUCUGGAUGUAUGRCAGUUUUCUAAAAUUCACUUACCCUGGGUAUCUUGGCCUUAAGGAACAUCCUCUCCAUCUUGAAAGGUAGCCAUAUCUUAACAUCCAAGUGAGACAACUGUUGAGUAGCAAUGACAGAUACCUGUGAAUAAUUGUCUGUAGGACUGUGUGAAAAAWUUUUUCUAUCAUUGCAUGCUCAACGGUUGUCUUGCUUCGAUGCAAAGGCCCAGCUGCCUUUCAAGAUGGCGCAGGGAACCGUGAAGAAGACUAUGGUAUUCUAACCUAUGGUACCCAUAGGCCCUUUCUGAGAUAGCACUUUACAUUGCAUUGUGGUCUAGGUUCGUAGAAACAUUUUUUGUUCAUGCUGCCAAAUACGGCAUUGUUUGUGCUGAACCUUGGCCACAAUGCACCAUAAUUUUGUAUUUCAGAAAAGGGCUAGCACAUGGUAAUCAAAAAUUGAUGACAGUUUUCCUUGUAAAGGAAGUUAUAAAUUUAUUUGCCUGUUGAAAUAUUUGUUUGUUUUCUUAACAAUGUUUAAUUUUUCUUCCAGUUUGGUUAAAUAGUUGGACUAUAAGGAAGUCUAUAAUUUCCUGUAUUUUAUUGCAUGUCAGUGACGUUCAUAGUAAUAUACUUUUAAUUUAUUAUAAGAAGCCUAAGUCUUGAUUGUAUCACGCCAAGGGAAAGACUAGACUCCUUCGCAUUCAUUUCCGGUAUCAAAACAUUGAAUUACACUGUCUUCGCGUUUUGACACCAGAAACGGAUGCGAAGGAGACUAUGAAAAGACUCCCUCAAAAUUUGGUAGGAGUGCUUGACAGAUAUUUUCAAGGGUCUCUGGUUGACAUAUAAACCUUUUAUUUGGAAAAAGCAAAAAAGUACGACAAUAAAACAAUAAAUGAAAAACUAUUYUAAACAAAUUGUUUUUUUUUAACARUAACAGGUUUUAUGUGUACUAUAUGUAUUCAUGCAUGCACUUUAUUUAUGUAAUUAAUAAAUGAAACAGGAAUAUAGAGUUGUAUGUUUUAGGGCCAUUUUUAUAACCAUCUGUCAUAAGCACCUCUACCCAAUUUUCAAGAACAUCAUAAUUGAGGCUUGUAGUUUAUCUGUUAUGACACUGAUACUGUUGUAWAAAUCAUGUUAAAGUUGAUAUCUUUAUGGGAAAUUGAUUGUAAAUAAAUUUGUAUAUAAAUAAUAAAAUUAUUGUAUUAAUCUAUGUACAAUAAAUCGGCUUUAAUCU